GACACGGAUUCCUUCUUGGAAAAGGCUACACUCAAUUAAGAGGAGGAAACGUUGCUAGUUCGAGUCCGAUCACUGCAUCCUUCUCUAGAAUUGAUGGAGUGCCUAUUGUUUUUGGCUUCCAUCGGUUCCUGUUGCUCCAGAUCUGACUAAACAUCUGGUGCCUCCUGCCGCUUCUGCGGUAGCACAUAUGUAAACAAAUUUAUCUAGUCCUAUGAUGAGAUGGAGGCUAAAAUAAUAUUGAUUUGUAAGCAAUCUCAAUGGCCUUGAUGCGGUCCUCAACAAAAUCUCUGGAGAAUUUAAUCUCUAAGUUCAAUCCGUGCUAAUUAUUAGGCUAUAUCUGCUGAGAAAGCCUACCGGAAACGUCAUGUCUCACGCCGGUUUCCGGUGCGUUUUGCCGUUGCGUGAAAGUGCCGCUACCAGUAAAGGUGCGUGUGCGAUAUGAAGCUUUCAAAGUGAAUCGAUUUCCAGUUCUGAGAAGCGCAUCCGUGAAAUGUUCAGGGACAAUCCUGACCCUAGCAAGGCGCUGCGGAUGUUGUGAGCAUAUUGAAAGAAAAGUUUGUCUUUUGCAUUGUUUUCUUAGGUUUGUGUCUGCGUUUGUGUAUUAUCCAGGCUCUGUUGAAAAAUCAUAGGGUUCGACGAUUCGGGAGCGGAGGGAGAUUCGAAUCCGUUCGUGUAUAUGGCACAUCAUUUUGCUUUCUUGGCUUGGCUUGUAUGAGCUGGAGCGGCUCAAAGAGGUAAACGAUAAGGGAACUGUGUGAGGUUCGAUCCAUUGUAGUGUGCAGAAGAAGAUUAUGACGGCAAAAAAUGGAGAAAGUAAUGUGAUUGUUUUUUAUUUUGUUAAUUAUUUUUGUCUUUCUGGCUUUAAGUGCUUAAAUUUGAAUAGAUUUGGGGCAAAUAUUCCGAGGUUGUUAGAAAUUUGUAGUUUCAGUACUAAAUUUCAAGAGACUGAAACAAGCCUAAUUUUUUUUCAAUUUUUUUUACUAAUCUUUAAGCAGGUAGAGUUAAAAUAUUACUGUAAAAGCUUUUCGUCUUUGCUACUAAUGUUGAGAAGAUUAUCCCACGAAAAGAAGCCCGACUUUGUGGAAACUUUCGAUUUUUUCGUGCUACAAUUUGGCCUGUUUGAGGCAAAAGAAUGAGAGCGAACGUUGUUGCUGCCAAUUUGAGCAGGUUGUAAAUCUUUUGAAGGCUAUGCACAUUUUGAGCGCUCAAUUGUGGCGUUUAACUUAAAUUUGUCCAACCAGCACAGGAAAAAGAUCUCCAAGAUGCUAGAAGAUCACACUAGAUUUUUUUUUUCAUUAUUUCAAAUCAAAAAUAUUUUUUUAUUGAGAAGAAAAUUCAUUUCUCUGCUUUUCUCGUUCAAAUUUGUCCAGGAGGCGGAGGAGAUUUCAAGGCGUUGAAGCAGAACAAUUUUUUUCCCUCAAAUUUUGUAGCUGUCAGCCUGUCAGGUAGUUGAACCAUUGAAUGAGAUCUGCGAGGAUUCAAGGGAAUAUAGCGAGCUGUAUUCCGACAUGUUACAUGAAUUAGUUGGAGCUAGAUUAGUAAAUGAUGAAUUGAUUGAAAAAAACUACAAAUUAGAGGAGGAGCUCCACAAGGAUAAAGAGGAAUACUGUAAGCACGUACAUGAUGUGGAUGCUGAAUUACUUAGAGCUAUAUCUGAAAUUAAGGAAUUAGUUGAAAGAAAUAACAAAUUACAGGAUGAGCUCAACAAGGCUCCAAGGCAAUAUCCUCAGCAGUUUUUUAAGAUGGAAGCUGAAUUACUUGGAGCUAGAUUUGAAAAUAAGGAAUUAGCUAAAAGGAACAAAAAGAUAGAGGAGAUUAAAGAGCAAUAUUUUAAGCAGAUUCAUGACAUGGAUGCUGAAUUGCUUACAGCUAGAUCCGAAAUUGAAGAAUUGGCUGAAAGAAACAACAAACUUGAGGAGAAGCUCCACGUGGCUGAAAAAAGUGAAGAAUCCAGUAAACGAAAUCUUGACCAGACAAAAAACAUGCUGGAGGAUUGGUCUACAACAUUAGCGGCAAUGAAAGAUGAAUGUGAUCAAGUAUGCAAACAACAAGAGCAUAGAGGAGAGGCUCCAAGGCUUUCUAAAAAGAGGAAAUAUAUUGUUAAGGUUUACGAGAUUAAUCAUUGCGUGAAUUGCCCAAUUUGCUUUCAGCCAUGGGCUCAGUCUGGAGAGCAUAACGUUUGUUCCCUUUCUUGUGGCCAUUUCUUUGGCAGAUCAUGCAUAACACAAUGGAUUAGAAAAAGUGGAGCUCGGGGUUCUUCUAAGUGUCCCUUGUGUUCGAGUAAGGCUACUCUAAAAGAAAUAAGAAAUCAUUCUGUAUCAGAAACCUAUGCUGGAGAUGAGGAGAUUUAAAAGGUUUGAAGUGUCUGAUUACAAUUAGUUUCACUUUGGAGUACUCGAAUGAUCUAUCAAAUGCAAGAUAGUUAUAAGUGCGUUAUCGGGAUAUGAUUUUGAAUUGUCUAGAAAGGUGGUUUUUGUUGUUUUACAUAGUAAACAUGUCAGAUUUUAACUACUAUAAAAACUAUGAUAUUGCUAUUAUAAAAACUAUGACAUUAUAAAUACUUACAAACAUAUGCUUUAUUGUAGUAUAUUUCUAUUCAAAAUUCUAAAUUAUGAUGAUGCCAAUGGAUAACUUUAUUUGUUU